GGGGGCGUUUGAGAUAUAUAGGUGACGUUUCGUAGACUUUUCCCAUUUGUCUCCCCUUUUCCUUCGUUUUCGAGCAAAAGUCUGUCCUUUCCCAGCAUCCUCUGGCUUCGUUGAUACCCCAUUGGCAUUCCGCAUCUCACCCCAGCCCUAAUUUUCCCCAAAGUGACUACCCCAAAGACAAAGAGAAAGAAAAUAAAAGAGACCUCCCAAUGGCCCCAGUGGAAAUAGGCAAGCCGGUCUUCGGCGUAGACAGCCCCAAACCCAGCACAACCCAACAUCCAUCUCUGUACGACCACACCCUGAUCACCACCGACUUCGAUGCCCUCAAAUUCCACGCCGCGGCAUCCCUGCAGCUCCAAUUCGGCCAUCCCCACGAAACAGCAGCACUGCAAAGUGACCUGCUCAUCACAUCACCGUAUAACGACCCCAAACACCUCCUGGAUCUCAAAACCCUCGACACACCCAACCAAUUGCUCGCCAAAGCCCUCACAAUCCUCACACCCAUCCGUGAUGACUACGCUACGGCGCCGUACACGGAAUCAUUCAAUUGGCAAGCCGUAUUUGAUUUCCUGCGGGACUUGGCCCAGAAGAGUGGGCAUCGGUGGCAGACGCAGCAUUUCUACGUGGUUGUUUUCCGGUCCCGGCUCCAAGCCGACAUCGAUAACCAGCGGCUGCAUGAUUUGGAUGCCUAUUCGCAUCAGGAGGCUGUUGCCAGCGGGGGGUUGCUGAAGUAUUGGUUUGGGACGAAGGAUGGGGAGAGGAGGAAUCUGGCUACUUGUCUCUGGCGGAGUCGCAAUGAUGCCAGGCUGGGAGGUACCGGGCCUUGGCAUAAGAAGGCACGCGGUGCUGCAAGAGAGAUGUACGAGAAUAUCACUUUUACCACCCUGAAAUUGGUGAUUGAAGAUGAUGUUCGGUCGUGGAGUGUUACGGACUGGACGGAUGAGGAUGAGUGAGAAGCGGUAAUGGUUGCGUUAUUUGAGAUACCAUAGAAGGGUUUGUGGUUUUUGGCUUGGGUAUUGGUGUUUCUAGAGCGUUUAUACUAGCAUGUUCGAUCAUGGUUAUAUAGCAAUUAAGUCCUUUUUGU